GGUCGUAGGGACGGACACACAUACCUCUGAAAUGUAUACCUGUAGGUUGCUUGGAGUAAUGACGUCUGCAUAGUGCAUGUUUUAGAGUAGAACAUAAAAUACCGGUUAAAAUUUUCAUUUACAUUUACACAUUUGGCAGAUGCUUUUAUCCGAAGCGACUUACAUUUACAUUUAUGCAUUUGGCAGACUUGCAUUGCAUUAUCCUAUACAUUUGUUUCUAAGUAUGUGCAAUCCCUGGGAUCGAAUCCAUGACCUUGGUAUCGGUAGCGCCAUGCUCUAACCACUGAGCUACAGGAAAGCCAUAUUCCACUUGUUAAAUGAUUAAUGUUGCAUUAAGUAGCAUUUGUUUCUUUAUAAACAAGCGUUUCCAUGUAAACACAUUCUUUUGUAAGGGUAUAGUGUAAUCCGUGUUUCACUUUCAGCGUUCUACUCUUAUGGCUUUUGAAUUCUCCACCAGCGUUUGGCUGGUGACAGCUGCACUUAACUAUGCACGCAGGCCUAAAAUAGAGCUGCUGCUCCCAGCACACUCCAAUCUGAGAUGUACCCCCAGAAGUGCUUUCAUUCUCCAUGUACACCUUGUGUGUGCUGAGCCAAUGCAGCUUAACUUGUGCGUGUUCAGUUAUUGAUCUUAUAGCCCAUAACAGUUAGUCACUACAGGAAUAACUUUCUUAUCAAGCACGAAAAGUGGUGUGUUUAUACAGGCAUUUUAAAGCAGCUUUACAUAAAGUAUGUGUCUAAAACUAUAAGGGUAAGCUAAAUGCUAGUUCUAAAUGAUCUAAUGAUAAUUAUAACAGUCUUGCUUGAUUUAUAUGCACAUAUGAAAAAGAUAGAAGAGAGCGCCACUUAUCUCUUCCUAACUGUCUCACACACACACAAACGCACACACACUUUCUGGCUCAAUGCCUUGUAUGGAUGUGGUUUGAAGUGUAACCACCACUUCCCUAUUUUGCUCAUAACUGGGGGUGUGAUUUCAGUUUUUUUACAACAGCGAGAAAGUGUAUCCAGGAAUGUGAGAACAUUUUCAUCAGUCUGAAGGAACCAUGCCAUGAUUUUAUUUAAUUCCACAUUUUCUAAUAAUAAAAACAAUUUAAAAUGAAGUAAAAAUAAUGUAAUCAUUAUAUAAUGUACAGUCUGUCCUGCACUCCAUUGUUAAGCAGCAGAAUGGUGCGGCACAUAACCAACAGUGUUGGGUAAGUUACUCUGAAAAAGUAAUUAAUUACUAGUUACUAAUUACAUAUUCAAUAGUGUAAUUAGAUUACUGUACAAAUUACUCUCUCCAAAAAGUAUUUAGUUACUUAUUACUAUUUACACAAAAUUUACAGAAUUACACAAAGUAUUUAGUUUAAUUACAUCAGAAGUAACUGUAAUUAAAUUACCGAAAAAAUAACAGUAAUCCCUUACUUUACUUUUUCAAGGGAAAAGUAAUUAAAUUACAGUAACUAUUUACUUAGUAACUAGUUACACCCAACACUGAUAACCAACUAACAGUUGCAGAGCCAAGUUAUGUGAAACUACAAACAGGAAUGUUCAGGCGGGGGAGGUAAACAGUGUUACAUGACCCCUCUGUCAGAUUCUUGAAAUAUGCCCCCCAUAGCCUAAGACCCACCUACUCUUACUUUAAAAGAGUCGGUAUACCAUUUAUUUGGGGAAACUUGUAGGUGGUGAUAUCAGGCAGAGGUUUCAUGGACACUGUACAUAAGUGAAAGCUUCUUUUAGUGUCACUUGUUAUCGUAAUCACUCUACCUCGCCAUCAUUGUGUUAUGUUAAGUAGUGGGUCUGCUCUCUGUCUGUCGCUCUUUCCUCCUUGGGUUUCAAUUCCAAACAUGGUUAUCCUUCUCAGGGUCUGUCCCCUGCCUGUCCCGUUCCGUGUUUCCAGCAGUUUUCAGUCCAGUGUGGAAGAGGGAACAGAACAGAGGGAAAUAAGACAGGGGCUGCUGAUAUAACAGGACAAGUGUUUGGAGAUAGCAAAGACAGAAACAUGAAUAGUGCCGACUCUUUAUUGGACAAUGUAAUAUACAAUCACACACUCUGUGAUGGAUGGACAAACAACACUGAAGGUGCCAUUUACCAUCUGGGCAACACCAUCCUUUUUCUGGGCUAUAUGGGCGGCAGCGGUGCGUAUGGGGCUCUGUACAUCUUCAGUUUCUUGAUUCCUGCCUUCCUAUGUCUGGCGAUGUGGGGCUGGCUGACGGUGUGUGGUCUGGAUGUUUUCAUGUGGAACCUGCUGCUGAUGCUGCAGUGUUUAGCCCAGGUGUGUCAUCUGAUUUUUCGGCUAAUGCAGGACGGUUUGUCCAGCGAGGAGCUUUCUGCGCUGUACACGGCAGUCUUUCUGCCGCUGGAUGUACCUGUGCAGGUGUUUAAAGAGAUCGCCACAGCCAGUGAAAACAAAGUGCUCUCUCUAGAGGCCGAAGAAACAUAUGCUGUGGAGGGGAAGACGCCUAUUGAUCAGUUAUCUUUCCUGCUUUCAGGCAGGAUUAGAGUGUCCUUAGAAGGCCAGUUUCUCCAUUAUAUCUUCCCUCAUCAGUUUCUUGACUCUCCAGAGUGGGAGUCUCUUAGACCAACAGAGGAGGGGAACUUCCAGGUGACACUAACCGCAGAGACGGACUGCCAAUACAUCUCUUGGCGACGACGUCGGCUUUACCUUCUGCUGUCCAAGGAUCGUUACAUUGCCCGACUUUUCUCUGUGAUGCUUGGAAGUGACAUUGCUGACAAACUCUACUCCCUCAAUGACAAACUGUUUGCCAAGAGCGGCGUACGCCUCGAUAUUCGUCUGCCCAGUCUCUACCACGUUCUUGCCCCCUCCCCACCGGGCAGUGAACGCGGCAGCGCAAGCUCACCUCCCAGGGGAAGCCAAGGAGACUCUACAGUUGUGAAUGUUGAUCCAGCACCUUCCAACCAAGCCUCAGAUGGAAGAACAUCUAAGCGGGAGCAGGGAAAGGCCCCUGCGUCCAAACUUCCACACCAGCUCACAGACACAGAAAUGCCCUCCGGUGAGGACUCAACCAGCUUGAUUCUGGAGGACUUUGCCGAUAUGACAGGCUCUUUAAUGGACUAUGGGAGUGAGAGGGAAUAUUUGAAGUAAAGAUUGGGGUGUUGAAGCUAACACAGGGCCACUUCUUAAGUCACAUAGAAUGAUACUCCUGGAGGUUUUCCGUUCCGAGUCCAAAGAAGAUGUGCUCCACUGGCCCCUACUGACACCCCUAAACUGUAGGAAAGGUUUCAGCGAUGUAUCAUGGGCAGU